CAACCAUCUACCAUAACGGCUGCAAAAAAUACCAAUUGGCUGCAACAUGGACGAGCAGCAGGAAAUCGGAGGAGCACAUGCUCUCCUCCAACUAGGCUCAAAGCAGAAGGAUGAUGGAAUAGACGACAGCAUUGAUGCAAUCGGCAAUAAUGAAAACAGCAAUGUCAAUGAAGAUGUAGAUGACGAAGGAGACCUUUCAGACUCGAAGAACCAGCAGAUUAAUGAUGCAGUAGAGGCUGCUGUCAUGAGGUAUGUGGGAGGAACUUUGGACUCUGCAGAGCAUGAGAGCAAAAGAAGCAAACGGAAGAUCCACGAUGAGAUCAUCAACAAUAUCCACGAGUUCAACCAAUGGACUGGAUUCUUAGAAGAAAAUAUCAGCGACCAUGGCAACGAGGACUACGAUGCUUAUACGUCUCAACAGCAGUCUCAGCCGCUCCAUCUGAACAAAAGAAGCAAAGGAAAGAAAAGAAGAACUCAACUGGGAACAAGCGACAUCGAUCCAGAACUCGAGGCUUUAGGCACAACUGAACACGACCAAUUAGUAGAGGCAGCAAUAAUUGAUGCCAGAGAACUUGCCAGACACAUCAAUGAACAGGGAGCCGGAACUGGGAACCUAAAUCUCAGCCACCACCAACAGCACGCUGGAUCUGACUCAAUCAAUGCGAUUACUCAACUUGCUCAGGCUGCUACAUCGUUAUCCGAAACAAAGAAAGCAAAACUCAAGAGAAAAGAUGGGGAGUCAUACCAGAUGAAGAACAUUGCCUUACGACCCAAGUUCAACAACUUGACCAGUGUAGAAACUCUCAUAGAGGAAGCCUCGGCGCAAGCCUGUGAAUGGUUCAAUUCCCUACCUGACACUACGGGUAAAGGUCCACGUAUGUUUUCGGCAGAAGAGAUGAGUGCAGUAGACCAUUUCGUAGCAGGUUAUUGCCAUUUGAACAAAUGGACAAGAGAAGAUGUGUGUAACAGAGUGUGGUCCAACGAGAGAAAGAAAGACAAUUUCUGGGAGUCUUUAGUACGAGUACUACCAUACAGAUCCAGAGCUUCUGUGUACAAGCAUGUGAGGAGAAUCUACCAUGUGUUUGACGUCAGAGCAAAGUGGACAGAGGAAGAUGAUGCCUUGCUUAAGAAACUUGCACUUACACAUGAGGGUAAAUGGAAACAAAUUGGAGAAGCUAUGGGUAGAAUGCCGGAAGAUUGCCGUGACAGGUGGAGAAAUUACGUCAAGUGUGGAGACAACAGAACAUCAAACCAAUGGUCACAAGAUGAAGAGAACGCCCUUAAGCAGAUCGUCACUGAUAUGUUUCAACAAUCUGGAAACAAAGAGUAUGCGUCUAUUAAUUGGACCGUUGUUAGUGAAAGAAUGAAUGGAACCAGAUCUCGUAUUCAGUGUCGUUACAAAUGGAACAAGUUGGUAAAGAGGGAAACUGCUCUUCGUGCAACGUACAUGAAUUCCGACACAAAACUCUGGAUGCUCAGAAAACUCCAGAGCUCUGGCUGGGAUUCUGUUGAUAGUGUCGAUUGGACUGAAGUAGCCCGUUUGCAUAGGGAAGAGAAUGUUAAGCAGGAUGAGAAUGGCUACCAGUGGGAUGCGCCAGAUUUCAAGGCUAGUUUUGAGAAGAUGAGGUCAGAAGUGAGAGACCACAAGAGGCUUUCAUUUGUUACCAUUUUGAUGCUUGAUCCAAACGAUCCUGAGUCAAUAGCAACAGCAGCUGUUGCUGCGGUCUCGUCAGGUGUAGACGGUGUUGAUGCCCAGCAACAGGCAUAUAGCUUAUGGCGAUAGAGGCUAAUUUCUUAAUCUAGUUGUACGUAUUGAUAUACUUGUAAAUAUAGAGUUACAUU